CAAUGCUAUGCAAUGUUAUUGCACUUAGCAGGCUGAGCUUCAGCCACUCGAUUUUACCUCUUUAUCUUCUCAAUGACAUCUCAUCAGCAUGAAAUUGCUACUUAUUCUAACAGACCAACUGUAUCUUUGUCUGAAGAGGUAGCAAAAGAAAUCUGCCUGCUGUGUUAAAAGUGGAAAAGUGGUUCUGUCUCAGUCAGCAUAACAGACUCAAGUAUUAAUGCCCACUCUUUCCCAGUGAGCUGCUUUCCCAGGCAACAUUUUAGGCAUCAUAGGUGUGCUCCCAAUUCACAGGCUAUUCCAAACUGUAGGCAUCAAAAUUAUGCAGCUUGAGAAUCAUCAACAUCAUACAAUUGUAAACACUUGUCCAUAAACAUGACCAUUCUCUGUGCGUGUUUUUGUCCUUGCAGGUCAUCUCUCACCAGUGCACUUUGAUGUACAUUAGAGAGGAGAUGGGAGAGGUGGUCCUACUGUAAGCGGUUGUUUUUCUUGAUUGGUUUAUGUGCAACGGCCACACGGAUUUUUUUGGGACACAAUUCUGUCUAUCCCGACUUAAGUAGGAAAUGCAAUGUAGAUUCAUUUCGAUGUUUUCUUUUUAGCAAUGUCAUAUCACAUUUAAGGGGUUGCUAUUGCUAUUAAUAUCAUAACUUUGCAACAUGGUUAAUUUGAACACAGCUGAAUGAGAGACAUCCACGAACCACAAACAUAAUAUCAACCUGUUUUCCUUUUACAGACACUGUCAGCCAUAGCAGCACAAAAUAAAAACAUAUUCCGUGCUUUUUGUAUAAUACAUCCCAGACGGAAUUAAUGUAUUAUUAGGCUAUUUUUCGAUACUUUUAGUGUCACCGACUAAAUGGGCAUUUUAUUGCAAUCUGGGGAAAUGCAUUGGACGGCAGCUUUCAAGUUAUCCUGUGUAGCAUUGGUGAUGUUUCUGGCCUGUCCAACCUCUUCCAUGGAUGUGCUGGUGCCACAACAGAUCAACGUUCUCAAUGGCACUGAUGUCAAAAUCCCCUGUGCGUUUACCUCAUGCUACAAGCUGGAUCCCAGCAAGUUUGCCAUGAACUGGACCUAUAAGGAAACAAGCAAUAGUACAGAGGAGAUGUUUAUGACUUAUAAGAACAGGAUAACACCACUGAAGUCAAGCCGAUUUGGAGACCGUGUUGUUUUUUCUGGGAUUCUGGAGAAGAAUGAUCUGUCAAUCACUAUCUUGAAUGUUCAGUUGACUGAUGAGGGCAUCUACAACUGCUAUGUGCGCAACCCUCCCGACCGCAUUCAGGGUCAAGGCACCAUCCAGCUCUUCAUCCUGACUGAAUUACCACCACCAAGAGACUCGACCAUUGCUGUUGCCAUGGGGGCAUCUGUGGGGGGCAUUCUUGCUCUGCUGAUUCUGUCUAUGGUGGUGGUGAAGUGUAUUCGCAGACACAAGAACCAGGAGCUGAUCUCAGAUGAGCAGAAGAUGGAGGAAGAGGGCAAAGCAGAUGGAGAAGGAGGCACAGAAGAAGCUACAAAAAAUGUAUGAAUCUCCUGCCUGAAGAUAUGUACAAGUUGUUUGACUCUUCAUCCUGUAAAUGUCUCAUUCAACAUUCCUAAAGGCUCGAUUCUCUUGUGUAGACAUCAAACAUGUCAUUUUAUGAAGACACCUGCCACAGUGAUAUGAUGUCCUGUCAUUGAUGACAAAUUACAAAGGGUUUCUCAAUAUGUCAGGGUAAUGUAAUAAUUACAGUAGAAUUCUACAGACCUUUUAUUUGGUCCACAGCUUUUUCAAACUCACUAAAUGUCUUUUUUCUCCAACUACUGCCAAUGUAUUAGCCAUCCAGUAUUUCUGCUGAGGAUUUUCUAAAUGGAUACAUUUUAAGUGUUAUUAAAAUGGAAAAAGCACACAAAGUUCUUCUUACAACUACCAAAGUCUUUUUAAUCUAAUUUAUAAUUUUUGACAGAUUUUUAGGAAAUCACUGCCUUUAACUUCCUCUUAAGUGUGUUUGUGUGUACAGUAUGUGUGUGUGCCUUCUCAUUGUGCCAGUUGAGUUUCUGCUCCUAGUGCGACUUAAUGUUAAGAUCAACUCGGUAAAACAGCAAAAGAUUUAGCAGUGAUACAUUGUGCCUACCAAAAUGGUAGGAACAUGACUAUUCAUCAGUGUAACACACCUCCAAAACAUGUACAAUCAUUGCAUGCUGAUAUUCUUGCAUAUGACACACAUAAAUUGCAAAAAAACAAUCCAUCAAUUUUCACAAGCAUCUAUAAAAUCUUGCUUUCAUACAUAAAUGUGGUAAUUUCAGGUGCAAUGUGGCAUGUAAAAAAUGCUGGUUGAUAUUUGUAGAUAAAUAGAUAAAAACCAAAAAACCUAAACAUAAAAUAAAUUGCUAGUAUUAUUGAUUGUGCUAAAUAUGUAUGUUUUGUUAUUUUAUGUGGAAGAUGUCAUUUUUGUUUUUUUACACCAGUAUCUUGAACGCAUUAGUUGUGAAUUUAAUUUUACUUAAUUUGAAAGUGCACUUCAUAUUUAAUCUGAUAAUCAAAUUUAAAUGCUAAUCUUAAAAUCCAUUAUGAAAGAGGCAAAAAAAGCUUUUCAGUUAAAUAACAGGCUUGUGCAAAUGACAUAUAUUGCAAGGAAUAAGUGAAUGUUUAAUAAUGUAUAUUUAAAGAAUAUGUUAAACCGCUAAUAAAAAGGUAAAAACUAUCAAAGAAAAUAAGAAAAUUAAAAAUAUAUCUUGACUGCUGCUUAAAUAUGUUUUCAAAUAAAAAAGAAAACACAAGUCAUGAAACCUUUUAUGCUAACUAUCAAUUCUCAAUCUAAAAAUGUUAAGGGUAUUUUCACCAGAUCUUAAAAAUCUGCUGUUUUCAUUUUGAAUUCAAAGAUUAUGAACUCAAAUUUAAUACAGACUGAAGUUUUCGCGUGUCAGAGGUUGCUGCAUUUUAGACGUGUCCCAUGAAUAAUUUCAGACUAUGCACCAUCUGCUAUUUCUAAUGAUUUGUUCAAAUAACAAACUCUACAGUAUUACACUGUAAAUUUGUGUGUGUGGGUGUGUGUGGAAAUGUGAGGAGAUAGAAAUGUGUUUUUAAUAGUUCUAUGUAAUUGAAAGUAAAUAUAUCUAAAUAUACCAGACUCAUAUUAGGUAUACAUAAUUUUUGUCAUUCUUAAUUUUGUUAUCACUUUUCUAGAUCUUGUUUUACUUCACCAUGUAUGAUCAUCUGUUAUAACACCAUUUAUGCUGCAUAUAUGGCCCAAAGCCUCUUUAUUCCUUUUCAUAUUGUAUUUUAAUGUCUCAUGCUGUUUUAUGUUGACAACUUCUUGUAACAUUUACAAAAAUGUACCAGAAAGUACAAAUAUCAUGGUAUUAUUUGAAGUACCCUAGAGUACAUUGUAAAUACCAAGGUACAUGAAUUUAGUAAUCAUUCAGUACCAUAGUACUACCAUCUGAUACCAUAACUGUACCAUGUUACCGUAGUACUUUUUUGUUAAUGGAAUGUAUUCUUUGUUUAUUAUUGUUUAUUGAUUUUUCAUUCAAAUUGUUUAAAUGUGUUGUUUUUUAUGGACUAUACUACUUAUUAUGUAAUAAUCAUUUUACAGUUGAUAAAUCCAAGCUUAUUUGACAGAUCAAAUCAUUGGGAUGAGCUAAACCAUCAGGACAAAUACUAUGACUAUGAAUCCACUUAUAAUUUAAUUUAAAAUGACAUCCAAUUACUUUGUUUCACACAUAAGCAUGUAGUAAGCAUUGUGAAUUAUAGUCAUGUUGGACUGUGAAUUUUUGUGUAGAUAUUUGCAUAAUGUGAGCAAAACUGCACCCACAAAAUAUGAAGUGUAUUCAUUCCUGAAUAUUAUAACAGAACCAUUAAGCUCAUAAUUUGAUUAGCUAUGCAGCAGUUAACAUUAAACUAGCUUGUGGAAUUCAGUCUGUGGCACAAUGACUUUCAUGUUUGGUGCUUUAAUGGUUACCAUUUAGAGGUUGAUUCAUUUGCUUUUAUUGCCAGGCAAUACAGCUCUCUAUCCCUGAAUAUCUUCUUUUAGAAUUAGACAAGGAUGUUCUAGUUACUUGGUUACAUGUAUAAGUAUGUAAUAAUAGGCAUGAUAUUGGAUCAUACUGCAAGUCAUAAAAAUCAAUUUUGCACUGCUAGAUACCUCGCAUUAUAUUGAAAAAGUGUCACUGACUACACAAAUAUGAUGUAACCUUGUAAAUUAGACUGUUGAUUGUACUGCCUUGAUGUUUACUUUGAUACAUUUCCCUAUUUGUAUUACAUCAAGAUCAUACAAACAUUUCUGUAGACAUAAUUAACAGUAGUGGUCCAGUGAGGCUUGUUGAGAUGGUUUAAGGACCAUUUUUUGCCUGUUUUUUUCAUAAUGCAUGCCUCUGUUUCAGUGUGUCUCUGAAGGUGUGACCCUGGCCUACUUUAUGAACACAUAUGCUUGCACUGCACCAUAACUAUGAGCUGCAUCACUGUUUUUUUUUUUUUUUUUUUUU